GCGCACACACACACACACACACACACACACACAGCGCGAGACGACCCUACAGCGAUGGAGAAACUGGUGACACCGGAGCCGCACUACAUCCCGGGCUAUGCAGGUUACUGUCCACAGCUGAAAUAUCACAUGGGGAAGCCAUACAGUCAGCUCACGGCUCAUCUCCUGACCUCCCCGGAGAUUUCACACUCCCCGAGACUGGUGCUGAGUUCAGGAUUGUCACCGUCUGCAGAAAGAGACACGGGGGCGAGGGAGGAGAUCUGGAGGAGGGGAACAAGACAGUGCAAAACGCCUCAGAGAAUGAUACCAGGCUACACAGGUUUCAUCCCCAGAAUUCAGAAUUAUUUCUCAAAGACGUACGCAGAGACGUGUCGAGAAGCAAUUAGUGAAUUUGAUUCAGAUCAGAAGGUGAGAAUUCGGCCAGCUACAGCCGACAAACUACCUGCGGUCGAACGAGCAUUUCCAGACAUCAAGCCACGGAAACUGAACACUCCUUUGGUGGCCAUCUCUAAAGAAGCAAUUCCCUAUAAAUCCCUGGACUACUGGAGACCCCUGGACUCUCCAUAUUCGAUGGACGACAGCAACCCGCACAAGUACUUCAUUUCAGGGUUUGCUGGAUACGUCCCCAGAGCCAGGUACCUGAUGGGUUCCAGCUUUCCCAUCACCACCAAUAAGGCGCUUAUCCAGUUUGGCAAGCAGAUGAAGGCGAGUCACAGUGCGCUCGGCCUGACAAGAGAGAGAGAUGACAAUCUGGUCUCAGCACCCAUCAUCUACCCCACACACCGUGGCCUGCUGCCCCGCUACACUGGACAUGUACCAGGAUACAAGUUUCGAUACGGACAGACGUUCGGGCAGCUUACCAGCAACUCUCUGGAUGUGAGCGGCACACGCAGGAAGAUCGACACUGAGUGAGGGAUGACUCAUAGAGCUUUAGAUGGACCCCAGCAGCUGGUCUAAUCACCAGCACACAGGAAAAAUAUCACGAGAAUCAAAAAUAUGAUUAAGAUAAAAGGAAAAAAUGCAGCAUGGAGAUAAUUUAUGGAGGUGUUUUUAUUUUUUAUUUUUUGCACAUGGAACUAUUCCAACAGUUAUGCUACGUUCACACGGCAGCUAGAUAUCCUAAUUAUAGUCUUAUAAUGAGAUCUGUAAUUCCACGACGCUGAACAUACCAACAGUUCUUUCAGACAGCUCUGUAACUGGCUGUAAUGUACAGUAUAGGCUUGGGAAUUUUUAUAAGAAUAACGCAGAUCAUCUUAAAUAGUAUGAUAAUAAUCUGCUUUAUUGUCAGCAUCAGGAAAUGCUACAGUCACUCAGUUAGAGCAGAGGCACUCAAACAAACCCUUAUCAUACACACACAUAUUAGUAUCACUGAGCGCUUUAUUAGGCACACUUACACAUUAAUGCGGUUAUCUAAUUAGCCAAUCAUAAAUCAUAUAAACAUAUAACAGCAGCACAGUGUGUACAAUCAUGCAGAUACAGGUUAAGAGCUUCAGUUAGCGUUCACCUCAAACAUCAGGAAAAAGUCUGAUCACUGUGUCUUUUUUGAUGCCAGUUGGGGUGGUUUGAGUAUUUCAGAAAGCUUCUGGGAUUUUCACAACAAAAAAAAAGCCAAUCAAUUGAGCAGCAGUUCUGUGUGUGGAAAAAAAUGGGCACAAUAAAUGAGGACCAACAGGAAGGAUACAGUAACUCAAAUAAUCACUCUUUAUAACUGUGGUGAACAGAAAAGCAUCUUAGAAACAAACAGACCAAGCGUUAAACUUGAGGUGAAUGAGCUACAACAGCAGUAGAUCACAUUUGGUUUCACUCCUGGGACAACAGU